AUGCCUGCGUCCCAAACUUCGGUAGAACUUCCUGUUUUGGAUAUUUCGCAGCCCUUAAGCCCAUCAUCUCUCUCCUCAAUCUCUGUCGCCUGUAAAGAAUGGGGUUUCUUUCAACUUAGCAACCAUGGGAUUUGCCCUGACUUCCUCAAGAGGUUGCAGUUCCUUUGCAAUCAUAUUUUCAUGCUGCCUUCUGAUGAUAAACUUAAAGCUGGUCCUUCCUCGGAAACAAAAACGUAUACUCCUCACUUCAUUGCCUCCCCUUUUUAUGAGUCCCUCCGGGUUUCUGGUCCUGACUUCUUUGCCUCUGCGCAGAGUUCUUCAGAAGCUCUCCUGAAUCAUCCCAAUCCAGAAUUCAGUGAUGUUCUGCAAGAAUAUGGGAGCAAGAUGACUGACUUAUCCAGAAGGGUAAUUGAGAUCGUCCUGGAGUGUUUGGGAGCUGCUGCUGAUUUAGGGAGGAAGCUAUCAUCUGAGUUCGACAAUUGUCAAGGUUACUUCAGAAUAAAUAAUUACUCAUCAUCCAGGGAGGCCGAGGCCGAGAGCAUGCAAUUAGACGAGGUUGAAGGGCUAGGAAUGCACACCGACAUGAGUUGCAUAACCAUCGUUUAUCAGGAUGAGAUUGGAGGCCUUCAAGUGAGGUCUAAGGAUGGGAAAUGGAUGGACAUAAACCCGAGCAAUGGCAACCUUGUGGUGAAUAUCGGUGACUUAAUGCAAGCUUGGAGCAAUGGCAAGUUGAGGUCAUCCGAGCACAGAGUUGUUCUAAGACGAUGUGCAAAUCGAUUUUCCACUGCUUUCUUCUGGUGUUUUGAAGAUGAAAAGGUGAUAUUUGCACCUCAUGAAGUCGUUGGUGAGGAAACUUCAAGGCUCUAUAAACCUUUUGUCUGUGCAGAUUAUCUAAAAUUUAGGGAGAACAGUGAAAAGGGCAAGUUUGAGAAAGUCGGAUACACUGUACAGCAUUUUGCUGGGAUUAAGACAUGA